AUGGAUUUGCAAAACAUUAAUGAUAUUUUUGAUGACGGUAUGGAAUUAUUGGAAAUUGUAGAUUUUGGAUUUCCAAGAAUGUUAUAUACUCGUUCAGAUCAUUUUCAUGAAAUGGACGAGUAUACCUUUUAUCAACGGUUUCGUUUAACGAAACCGACAUGCUUAAGGAUUCUGCCACUAAUAGAGGAACAGUUGGAAUUCCCUAACAACAGGAAUAACAGUGUAUCUCCAAUGAACCAGUUAUUAACAUGUAUGCGAUAUUAUGCUUCUGCUGGUCACCUGGUAGCUAUCUCCGACUUUGCAGGGAUGCAUACUUCAACAGCAUCACGUAUCGUAAACAGGGUGUCCAGAGCUAUAGCAUCUUUAGGGGCACAAUUUAUAAAACUGCCUGGCACACAGGAGGAAGUUGUGCAAGUUCAAAAUGAAUUUUUUGGAAUUGCUGGGUUCCCUAGAGUUAUAGGUGCUGUAGAUGGAACACACAUAAAAAUUCAAUCACCAGGUGGUGAUGAUGCAGAAGUGUUUCGAAAUAAUUUUUCUAUAAAUGUACAAGUUGUUGGAAAUGCAAACUUGGAAAUAAUGGAUAUUGUUGCAAGGUGGCCUGGCUCAACACACGAUUCAACUAUAUUUAACAACAGUAGGAUACGUGCAAGAAUUGAAAAUAUGGAAUUUCCGAACUGUUUUUUACUAGGAGACAGUGGAUACCCACUUAGGGGCUAUUUUUUAACAGCCAUGUUAAAUCCGCGGGGAAGAGCUUCUGUUCAUAAUGAAGCACAUAUUAGAACAAGAAAUACAAUCGAACGAUUGUUUGGCAAUUGGAAGCGGCGCUUCCCUGUCCUUGCCUAUGGGAUAAGGAUUCAAUUGUAA